CUGAAAUAGUUCGUCAGUCAUCAUUGUGGUUUGAUCUUCUCAACUGGAUACAUCGACAUUUUCUAUUCUGAUUCAAAAAAUGUCUUUAAAUAACAAAGUUGUAAUAGUAACGGGUGCAAGUUCUGGAAUUGGAGCUGCAACUUGUGUACAUUUUGCUCAAAACGGAGCCCAUGUUGUGGCAGUUGGUAGAAAUUUAGAAAAACUACAAGAAACUGGCAGGGCUUGUACCAAAGCUAAUCUUAAAGCAAAGUUUUUGCUAAUUCAAGCUGAUGUUACAAAAGAUACACAGAAAAUUGUCGAUAAAACUAUCGAGGAAUUUGGAAAAAUUGAUGUUUUGGUGAAUAAUGCUGGAAUAUUGGCAAGUGGAACAAUCUUGGAUUCGGAUAUUCAACAAUUUGACUCAAUUAUGGAUACAAAUUUGAGAGCAGUUUUUAAAUUAACUAAAUUGGUUAUUCCUCAUUUAAUCAAGAGUAAAGGAAAUAUUGUGAAUGUUUCGAGUGUAGCUGGGAUAAGGUCGUUUGUAAAUGCCUUAUCUUAUUGCGUUUCUAAAGCUGCUUUGGAUCAAUUUACAAAAUGUGUAGCCUUAGAAAUGGCACCUUAUAAUGUGAGAGUGAAUUCUGUUAAUCCAGGUGUUGUGGUUACAGAAGUUCAUAAACGAGCUGGAAUGGAUGAUGAAGCUUAUGCAAAGUAUUUAGAACAUUCUAAGUCAACUCAUGCAUUGGGACGUGUGGGAAAUGUUAAUGAAGUUGCUCCAGCUAUUGCGUUUUUAGCAAGUGAUGCGGCUAGUUUCAUCACUGGUGCUUUGUUGGCAAUUGAUGGUGGAAAGAGUGCUAUGUGUCCAAGAUAAUUUAUUGAUUCAAAAUAUUGUUAAUUCAUGUUAAUUGUGAUUUUUUAAUAAAUCGAAUUUCUUUUA